CGCAUGCGUAUCCCCACCCCUCCUCCCUCGCCUCAGCCGGGCGCUCCGGAGAUACAGGGGGCUUCCUAAGCCGGGCGGAAGUGACGUAAACUAGGGGCGGAAGUGGGUUUGGGCGCUGCUUCCCGCUUGUUGCUGGUGUGUGGCUGGCUGGUGGCAGGCACAAUGACUCCAGUGGCACAGAAGCUCUUUCUGGAAGGGCAAACAUAUUCCAUCCCCCUGAUCCAACCAGACUUGCGCAGAGAGGAGGCUGUUCAGCAGGUGGCAGAUGUACUUCAGUACCUGCAGAAGGUGGCAGAUGAUAUUUUCAACAGAGCUUUGGGUGAAAGCUUGCGUUGGAAUCGUGUGCCGUGGAUUUUUAUUUUUUACGAAAAUGUUAUUGUGGAUCUCUCAGCGGGUGGAAACCAGCCGGGCACAGCUUCAGGCAAUCAGUGAGAGAGUCACGCUCGCACAAGCAAAGAUUGAGAAGAUCAAGGGCAGCAAGAAGGCUAUUAAGGUAUUUUCCAGUGCCAAAUAUCCUGCCCCUGAACGGCUGCAGGAGUACUGUUCGAUUUUUGCUGGUGCAGAAGACCCAGCUAAACAGAAAUGGCCAAGACACAAGAUCCAGAGCAAGCACCGAAUGCUAGAUGAAAAAUCCUUGCAGGAGAAGCUCAAGUAUUUCCCUGUGUGUGUGAACACCAAAAUUCACCAGGAAGAUGAUGCAGAAGAAGGUCUUGGCAGCCUCCCAAGGAACAUCAGCUCCCUCAGCUCCCUGCUGCUCUUCAACACCACGGAGAACUUGUACAAGAAGUAUGUUUUCCUGGAUCCGCUAGCUGGAGCAGUGACCAAGACCCAUGUGGCUUUGGAAACAGAGACAGAAGAGAAGCUCUUUGAUGCUCCUCUCUCCAUCACUGAAAGGGGACAGCUGGACCGGCAGGUAGCUGAAAAUUACUUCUACGUGCCAGAUCUGGGGCAGGUCCCUGAGAUCGAUGUGCCAUCCUACCUGCCAGACCUGCCUGGCAUUGCUGCAGAUCUCAUGUACAGUGCUGACCUAGGCCCUGGCAUCGCACCAUCCGCUCCAAGCAGUGCUAUUCCAGAGCUACCCACUUUCAGCACUGAGUCAGUGGAGCCUUCACAAGCAGACCUUCAAGAUCCUGGGCUCUUGCCACCUCCCCCACCGCCACCACCCCCACCUCCUCCUGUUACACCAACCAUUGUGCCUCCUCCACCGCCCCUGCCACAGCCUACAGCCGCCUCAGAACCAGCCCGGACAGCAAGUGAGGACAGCAGCAAGGCUAUGCCUGCAGCUUCGGUCCAGGGAGCCCCAAAGGAGGUGGUGAACCCCUCAACUGGGCGUGCCAGUCUCCUGGAGUCCAUUCGCCAGGCUGGGGGCAUUGGGAAGGCCAACCUCCGCAGUGUCAAGGAGAGGAAGCUGGAGAAGAAGAAGCAGAAGGAACAAGAACAAGGUUGGCCUCAGUAUUCCCAUUCAGACAAUGCUCUGUGGAUUUGUUACGCUCCAUCUGCCAGUGAGAGCUACGGGACAAGGUGGAGAUCUGAUGUCAGACCUUUUCAACAAACUGGUGCUGAGGCGCAAAGGUAUUUCAGGGAAAGGGCCAGGAGCCUCAGGAAAUCCCGAUGCUCCUGGAAGUCCUGCUGGUGCCUUUGCUCGUAUGUCAGACUCAAUACCACCCCUCCCACCCCCACAGCAGCCCCCGGGUGAAGAGGAUGAGGAUGACUGGGAGUCGUAGAUGAUAGCAGUUGUGCAUCAGCAUGAAUCCCAGGACUUGUGAACUAUGCACCUUUGAGUCACCAGUCUGGAAGUAUCUGCAGAGGGUGGGCUCUGGCAUGGGAGGGGCACCCUGUCAUUUCUUCCACAAGAGGAGGAGCAGGAACCAACCACUGCCACAUUGUUAUCCAUGAGGAGUUUUCUGCUGUCUGCUGUUCUCCACCCCAAAUACUACAUUCCAGCUAAAAUGCUGCUGCAGCUCACAGUGAUUCAAUAAAUCCUGCCUUAGCUGGAGGGCAGUAGGGCAACUUGCGCUUAACGGAUCAGAACAAGUAUUGUUCCUGAUUUAAAGGGCCCUUGAUCUUGACUAAUGUGUCUGGUGAUGACUGCAGAAGCAUCUCUGGCAGGCGAGCAGUCCUUGCCGCGUUUGUUUCUGCUGCUUGCCUGCUGAAGCUCAUGCUUGUUUGGGUGUUGCAAGUCCUGAGUUCUUGAAGAUGAAGCUGGAUAGUGAUGAGUGAAUAAGAGAGGAAAAGAGGGUCUGUCUGUCCCUUUCAUUGAAGAGUCUAGUUACUGGUGCCUCUGUACUUGGUUUCUUUCUCUCCCUGGCUUAUGGCGAUUCUUUGGCUGUUGCUUUCUGAAAAAUUGCAAUAAAACUCAAGGAAGCAGGUCUUUGCAGCCUUUACUCUGGUAAAGGAGAGAAAUGUGCUCAACUAAGAGUAGCUUCAGGGAAAGCCCAUCUGUCUCCUCGCAGCUCAAGCUGGGGCUCACCUUACACCACCACCACCAAUCGCAGGGCAGGAAGGCACCAGCUGUUUACAAGCCCCCUACUCAAGCUGCUGAUUUUGCUGGGGUUCAGGCAAAGCUCAUCCAGACUGGGAGUUCUGUACCUCCAGAAGGGGCAGCAGACUCAGAGCAGAAAUUUCUCAGAAUACAGCUGCAUUUGCCCCUGUGGGGCCAAUUAACACAGAGGGAGCAGGUACAAGCUCCAUGUCUAAAUUUAAGUGCUUUCUUCACUGUGAAGAGCAUUGAGAGGUAGCAUCCAGUUGCUGAAACCGGCAAGGAGGCAGAACAGCCUCUUUGAACAGCCUUGUUUGUGAUGACAGAAAGAGCCAAGAGCAGCUAUGGGAUUAUACAGCCAUCUCUGUUGUUAGCAGUUACCCCCAAGCUCAGGACCCAGGAAAGAACCUCUAGGAAGCUGCACCAAAAAGAAGUUUGACCAUUUUCCACAGAAGGUUACUAUGAGUUCAGAAAAGCCUGUAUGCAGUAAAAAGCACAGAGUAAUCCUAUGAUUAAACGUGAUUAUUCCCCUUGAAAGAACAACUCAAUCCUUCAAUCUAGUACCAGCUUGAAGUAAGGUAGAAUGAAAGAAUGAAAGAGAUUAAAGAGCUGCCCCACAUCUUACCUGUCUUACUGUGUAAUUCCAACAUGAUACAAACUAAUGGCUUGUUACCACAAAGCUAACAGCUGAAAAAUUCCACAAGAAUUGUGAACUUCCUUUGGUCGUCAGGCCCCUCUAAAGUUGGUGGUUAUGUGACAAAAAUAAUGUGUUCAGUCAAAAUAAUCAUAAUCCCCACACUUAAGUGUCUGGGUUGAAAAUAUUUAAUAGUCUUAAAUAAAACCUUAACAGCUGUAAACAAA